AUGUCGCAGAAACCCAUCUUUGUUGUAACCCACCCGCGAGCAUGCUCGACGGCGUUUGAGAGGGUUUUCAUGACUCAACGGAAUAAUAUCCAAUGUGUCCAUGAACCCUUUGGCGAUGCCUUUUACUACGGCCCCGAGAGGCUUUCAGAGAGAUUCGAAAAUGACGAACAGGCCCGGAUAGACAGUGGCUUCAGCCAGUCAACAUUUAAGACCGUUUUGGACAGACUUGAACGUGAAGCUUCUCAUGGCAAGCGAGUCUUCAUCAAGGACAUCAUCCACUACCUCUUCCCUCCCAACGGCCAACCCGCUAGCAUCGCCCCAUCUCUCAGAAGGAUCAAACGUGGCGUAGGCACUCAGGAACAUCCCAAUGGUGAUGCUCCAACCGUUGACACGGCGGGUAUCAACGGCAACCGGGCGGAGGAGAACGGCAAGGAGAACGGGGCUACAAACGGGUCUCAUGCAGAAAAGAGCCCUCAUCCCGCCCAUGCAAAGAUUGACAGCGGCGUUGAUCUCUCUGCUGCUCCGGUCGGAGGAAACGUAAAACCCAGUAUGGCCACCAUCAAGGAACGGGGCACCAAACCCUACCCCUAUGACACGGAAGCCGAACCGGGCAAUCCCACCGUGAUGCCCACGGAAAUCUGGUCGCGUUUCCAUUUUGCCUUCCUUAUCCGUGAUCCUCACUUCAGUGUGCCUUCGUAUUAUCGUUGCACCAUCCCGCCGCUGACUGAGGUGACCGGGUUCCCCAACUAUGACCCUUCGGAAGCCGGAUACGACGAGGUUCGUCGCACGUUUGACUUCCUGCGUAAUAUCGGGCUAGUCGGCCCUCACGUCGCCACCCAUGAUGACGAGGAGAGUGCCGAAGGCCUCAAGCCGGUCGUCAAUGGAAUUGGCGAGGGGAAGGAGUCGGGCGUCGAAAUUUGUGUGGUUGACGCGGACGAAAUGCUCCAGAAACCGGCACCAACCAUCGAAGCGUUCUGCCGUAGCGUGGGACUGGAUUAUGAUCCGAGCUUGUUGGAGUGGGACACGGAGGAGGACCACCAAUUCGCGAAGGAUGCGUUCGAGAAGUGGAGGGGCUUUCACAACGAUGCGAUCGAAUCGAGGGGUCUGACUGCAAAGAAGGAGAAACCGGUCAAAUCCGAAGAGGAGUUCGAUGCUGAAUGGCGGGAGAGAUUCGGCGAGGAGGGUGCAGCAAUUAUCCGCAAGACGGUCGACGCCAACAUGCCGGAUUAUCUGUACCUCAAGCAGUUCUCGCUGCGAGUUUAG